CUGCCUCCUCCCCCUUCCCACAACUGGGUGGGGGUGAGUGGGCAGGGGGCAGGCUCAGCCGGCUGAGGAGCCUGAUGAUUUCCUGCCCUCACCACAGCUUCCUGUCGCACGCGGGUGGCGAGGAGGAGGAGGAGAAGAGGCAGGCGGGGAGCAAGAAAGGGGCAGGUACAGCUGGGCACAGGGAUCGUGCUGGUGGUAGUCAGAGCACAAGCCCCAGCUCAGCCUCCAGGACUAGCCCCUUCCAGCACUGAUCUCAACUCAGUCCAGCAAGGAAGUGGGGGUCACUGAGCCCCAAAGGAAGAUAAGCUGCUUGCCACUAGAUCCCAGGCUGGGGCCCGCUCAGUUCCACACCCCUGCUGCCACUCUGCCUAGAGGGGCCGCAGUGCAGCGGGGUCUGGGCCAGGUGCUCUGCAGAUGGAAGCAGACACUCUGAGCCCCGUGGGGCUGGGCCUCCUGCUGCUGCCGGUCUUGGUCACGCUCCUGGCUGCCCUGUGUGUACGCUGCCGUGAGAUGCCAGCCUCCUAUGACAGCGUUUCCACAGAGAGCUUGUACCCACGGAGCAUCCUCAUCAAACCAUCUCAAACAACCUUUUCCCGAACAACUGCCACUUCCUACCCUCUCGUUACUUCCUUCCCACCCCUGAGGCAGCCAGACCUGCUCCCCAUCCCGAGAUCCCCACAGCCCCUUGGAGGUUCACAUCAGACGCCAUCUUCCCGGCAGGAUUCAGAUGAUGCCAACAGUGUGGCGAGCUACGAGAACCAGGGUGGGUCUAGGGUCUGGGCUACUGGGCGGGGUGGGGAGCCUGGGUCUAUCCCAGGUCAUGUUGACUUCUUAUUUUUCAUAGAGCCAGCCUGUGAGAACGUGGAUGAAGACGAAGAUGACGAUGAUUACCCCAAUGAGGGUUACCUAGUGGUGCUUCCUGACAGCACCCCUGCCAACAUUCCUGUCGUCUCCUCUGCCCCUGUGCCCAGCAACCCUGACCUCCGAGACAGCGCCUUCUCCAUGGAGUCUGGUGAAGAUUAUGUGAAUGUUCCUGAGGGCGAGGGGAGCGCACAAGCAUCUCUGGAUGGGAGCCGGGAGUAUGUCAAUGUGUCCCAGGAGCUGCAGCCAGUGGCCAGGGCUGAGCUGGACACCAUGAAGUCCCAGGAGGUGGAAGAUGAAGGAGAAGAGGAGGGAGUGGAAGGAGAGGAAGCCCCUGACUAUGAGAAUCUGCAGGAACUUAACUGAGAGCCUGCUGCAGCCACCUGUCCUGGAACUAGCCUUGCUGGGAGGGCAGAGCUGGGCAGCCGGGAGUGGCUCUAAGGGAGUCCCAUUUGACCUCUGCCUUGUCAACAGUCUGAGAAUCUCCCCUAACUUAUUGUCAUUGUGGGAUGCAGUCUAUGUCCCCGGUAUUCUGCACCUUCUGACGAAGCCUGAGAAUGAAUCUCGUUCCUGUCUGACUCUGUUGUGGAAUAAAGGUGUUAUGGCCCAAA